GAGCUGUUUACACACAUAACAUAUGCGUCUCUAUUUAAACACAUCAUAUCUUCUUCUUUCUCCUUUCUUAAAACCUUCCCUUCCAAUAUUCUUCAUAUUUCUUUUCAUAAUUUCCUCUUUCCUUUCAUUUCUUAGAAAUUUCAUUAUCUCUUUCAUAUAAGAUUCUUAUCUUUUUAAUUUAUACUAAAUUUCUCACAUAUAUAUAGAUAUACUACCUAGCUAUUAUAUCAUAUAUCAUAGUUGACCCCUCAAAGAAAAGAAAAACCAUAUUGUAGACAAUAGUUUAUUUAAUUUUAAUUAUCAAUCAUGGAAGAAUCUAUUGUACUUAACAAAAGUGAUGAAGCUCUUGAUUUACCUGCUGGUUUCAGAUUCCACCCUAAUGAUGAUGAAAUCAUUACUUGUUAUUUAAUUAACAAGGUUUUGAAUAGUAGCUUUAGUGCAAUUGCAAUUGGUGAAGCUGAUUUGAAUAAGUGUGAGCCAUGGGAUUUACCAAAGAAAGCUAAGAUGGGUGAGAAAGAUUGGUAUUUCUUUUGUCAAAGAGAUAGGAAGUAUCCAACUGGAACAAGAACUAAUAGAGCAACUGAAUCUGGAUAUUGGAAAGCAACUGGAAAAGAUAAAGAGAUCUACAAAGGGAAAAGUAACCAACUUAUUGGAAUGAAGAAAACUCUUGUGUUCUAUAAAGGUAGAGCUCCAAGAGGAGAGAAAACCAAUUGGGUUAUGCAUGAAUUUAGAUUGGAUGGAAAAUUAGCAACUUGCAACCUUCCUAAGGAUGCUAAGGAUGAAUGGGUUGUGUCAAGGAUUUUCAACAAGAACAUCAACAAUGAAGUUAAAAGGACUACUUCAAUUUCCAAUCUUUUAAGGAUAAACUCAAUAAGUGAUGAUUUAUUGGAUUUUUCUUCACUUCCACCUCUUGUGGAACCUCCUUUUAGCAAUAAUACAAUUAUUGAUCAUCAUGACUUCAAAGGCACCAAUUCAUCACCUUCAUCAUCAAAUGGUUACUAUUUUCCAAGCUACUUAAUCAACAAUGAAAUUAAUCAUGUCACAAACCAAGGAAAUUUCAAUAAUCCAAUGCAAAAAAGCACAUUUUCAUCACAUCAACCUCAACCUCAACCUCAAAUCCAAAUUCCAAAAGCACCAAUGAACAAAAAUAUGUUAACAAAUUUAUAUUCUUAUAUGAAUCAAGGGAAUAAUAAUAGCAAUGGUUACAUUUAUGGAUUGGAAAAUAAAGAGUGUAAGAUGGAGCAAUUCUCUACCAACAAUUCUAUGGUGAGUGUUUCACAAGACACAUGUUUGAGCAAUGACAUAAACAAUGACAUAUCUUCUGUGGUUUCAAAGCAAGAAAAUAUGGGAAUGGAUACAACAUUGUAUGAAGAACUUGAGUGCCCUUCAUCAAUUGGUCCCCUCUCAAAUUUUGAAUAUUUGUGGGAUAACUAUUGAAGAAUUAAUAUUGAAGAGAAGACACAUAUGAUAUAGAGAUGACAUGGUCUUUAUCUUAUUAAUUUCACUAUUAUCACAUAUCAUAUUAACUCUAGAUUUUAGAAGUUCUUGGUGAUGCAUAUAUUGUAUAGAUGUAUGAUUAUUUUAAGGUAUUUUAAUAGUUAUAUAGGGUUUUCUUUAUUCAUGGAUCAUAACAUUUAGGAGAAGGAGUACUUGAUCAUGUUCUAGCUUGUUUAUAAUAGCUAAUUGUGAGUUUGUUUUAUUAAUCCAUUAUAUAUCUUAUGUAUUUUUAUUAACUACUGUUGCUUUUGUGUAAUCCAAAAUUUGUUUGUAAUUAAUUAAUGAAUAUUAAUAUAGUUUAAUGUACUUGUUUAUUUUUCA